GGCCAAACGAAACCAGUUCUAGCGACUGCCUGAGUUAACCCUUCAAUCUCAAAAACCCUAUUUUGAUGCUGACGAGUAGAAUCUGUAGGCAAAUCAAGUUACGUUGAUACUUUCUAGAAGUGAAACAAUGGCGAAUUCAGAUACAAAAUCAGUCUCGUCUUUGAAAGAUCAGGGAAACCAAUUCUUCAAAACUGGAAACUAUCUUAAGGCCGCCGCUCUCUACACUCAGGCCAUCAAAGGAGAUCCUUCAAACGCUACUCUAUACAGCAAUCGAGCUGCUGCAUUUCUCAAUCUGGUUAAGCUGAACAAAGCACUUGCAGAUGCUGAGACAACAAUCAGUUUAAAUCCCACAUGGGAAAAGGGCUAUUUCAGGAAGGGAUGUGUAUUAGAAGCCAUGGAGCGAUAUGAUGAAGCAUUAGCUUCUUUUCAAGUAUCCUUGCAGCACAAUCAACAAAGUUCAGAGGUAUUAAGAAAGAUCAAGAGGCUUGAACAGUUAGUGAAAGAUAAAACAAGAGCCGAAGAAGUGAAGAGCUUGAAGUCUAAUGUUGAUAUGCGGAAACAAUUGGAUUCAUUGAAAUCGGAUCUGUCUGAAAAGUAUGGAGACGAUGAGCAAUGGAAAGAUAUCUUCACAUUUCUUGUUGAAACGAUGGAGAGUUCUGUAAAAACAUGGCAUGAAACUUCUAAGGUUGAUGCUAGAGUUUAUUAUAUGGUUGAUAAGGAAAAAGCAGAUACUGAAAAAUAUGCUCCUGUUGUUAACAUUGAAAAGGCAUUUGAGUCACCUCACACACACAGCAGCUGCGUUGAAUUCCUACGACAGUAUGCUGAGGAUUCCUUCUCUCAUGCAGCUUGCUUAGUUGUGCCGAAGAAUAUCAUAUCAUAUCCCCAGGUAUGGAAAGGCCAGGGAUCAAGGAAAUGGAAGCAUGGCCAGAGUGACGGAUUCUUUGUUCAGUUUGAAUCUCCUUUCUUGCGGAAACUAUGGUUUGUUCCCAGUUUCUUGGAGAAGGGCCAAACUUUGUGCAAGGAUCCUGUUAUCUUGGACAUCGCGUCACAUGAACUUUUGCCCUUAAUAUUCAAACAAAGCUAGAUUGCAUGAGUUCCUGUCAGUUGAGUUUGGGCUCAUCGCAUCAUGCUAACUGGUAUGUUGGCGAUCAAUUUUAUGUUCUUUAUAGUCUGGUCCUAUGUUUUUUAGCAGGCUUUCUUGAUUUUCUACAUAAAAUUGUACUGUAGGCUGUUAUAUUUAUCUUGGAACUCAAUAUUGGGAGGAUUCAUUUGGUUUUGGAAAUGCUGUUUAUUUUACAAAUAUUUAUUAUCAUUCUCUUAUUGUUUCC